AGCCACCGCCCUCCUCCUCUGCGCGGAGCCGUCGUCUUCCUCCUCUACUCCUCGGACUUGGCCCUCCUCCUCCUCCUCGCGCCGCGCCAGCGCUGACGUAGCCGUAGGUCGCCGGGCGACGCGCCCACUAAGAUAUCGAGCAGUUCCGGAGCCUGCUCAGGGGGCUGGGUGCGGCCGCUCCGGCGAUCGCCGGAGAAGAAGGGUGGUUGGAAUCUGGUGAGUAGCCGGCCCUGAUCCCGGUCGUCGUGGAAAUCCUUCCUUCCUCUUCCGUGGUGGGCAGCAAGAGAUUUUGGUGCUCCGUGAUCUGGAGAGCUGUGCGCGGGACUGGGGUUAGGUGGCCCCCCCAAGGUUCGAUCCGGCCCGAUUUGGCGGAGGGAUUCGAACGCGGCGUAUUGGGAUAGGAAGCCGCGCCGGUGGAUUUGUUCGAGCAGAUUUGGCUGCUGGGGGUUUGUGUGAUGGGAGAUCAGGCGGCGGCGGAUGCGGCGGCGAGAUGGUGACCGGGAGCUUUAGCAGGAGCACGUCGGCGCGGCUCACAGCGAGGGGCGGCGUCGGGAGCCCGCGGGUGUCGGCGGCGGCGGCCGCGCACCGCAAGUGGUGGUGGUGGGCGCCCUCGGGGCCGUCGUUCGAGUGCGCUGCCUUGGCCUUCUUCCUUUCCUCCGUCGCGCUCGUGCUCGCCUGCGCGCUGUAUCUGUAUCUCUUCCGGUACCAGGGCCGCGGCCAUGCGGUCGCCGAGUUCGCCGGCGACAACCUAGAGUCCUGCGACGUGUUCGACGGAAGCUGGGUGCCGGACAGGAGGUACCCUUUGUACAAUAGCUCCGAUUGCCCGUUUGUGGAGAGGGGAUUCAAUUGCCUGGCAAAUGGGAGGAAGGACACCGGCUACCUGAAAUGGCGGUGGAAGCCAAGGGGAUGCGACUUGCCGCGGUUCAGUGCCAGGGAUGUGUUGGAACGGCUGAGGGGGAAGAGGGUUGUGUUUGUGGGGGACUCCAUGAGCCGGACACAGUGGGAAUCUUUCAUCUGCAUGCUCAUGGCAGGGGUGGAGAAUCCCAAGACUGUUUAUGAGGUUAAUGGCAAUCAGAUCUCAAAGACUAUCCGGUUUUUAGGAGUGAGAUUUGCGUCAUUCAACCUGAAUGUAGAGUUCUUCCGGUCGGUGUUUCUUGUACAACAGAGCCCUGCACCUCGCAGUAGCCCAAAAAGGGUCCGAGCAAUUCUCAAGCUUGAUAAGAUGGAUAAUAUCAGCCGGAAAUGGGAGAAUGCUGAUGUGCUUAUUUUCAACUCAGGGCAUUGGUGGACUCCCAGCAAAUUAUUUGAUAUGGGCUGCUAUUUUGAGGCUGGAGGUUUGCUUAAACUAGGUACAUCCAUUAAUUCUGCUUUCAAAAUGGCACUUGAAACAUGGGCUUCAUGGGUGAAGGAAAAGGUGGAUUUAAAACGAACACAUGUCUUUUUCCGCACGUAUGAGCCAUCUCAUUGGAGUGGUUCAAAUCAAAAGGUAUGUGAAGUAACAGAAUUUCCUACAGCUGAGGCCAAAGGAGAUGACAGAAGUGAAUUUGGAGAUAUACUCGCUGGGGUUGUGGUGAACAUGAGCGUUCCUGCAACUAUCUUGAAUGUGACUUUGAUGGGGGCCUUCAGAAGUGAUGCUCAUAUCGGUAUAUGGAGUCAUCCUUCAACCAUACUUGAUUGCAGUCAUUGGUGCCUUCCUGGAGUCCCAGAUGCUUGGAAUGAACUAGUAAUUUCCCACCUUUUGACAAAUGGUUGGCGAAAUUUGGCUGGCUGACUGACUGCUGACAUUAUACUUUGUUUUUCUUUUUCUUUUUCUUUUUUGUUUUUCUGCUGCUUCUGCUUCGUCUGCUAUCAAGUAGCGGACCAUGAUUUUUUUUUCUUAGACAGCACUACAGCAGCAUGUCUUCAUCUUGGUUUUUCCUUUUCCUCAAGUGCUCCUUAUACACGCCUCCGGGGUUACAGAUUUUGUAUCAUUGUCUAUUUUGCGUUUUAGACAGAACAUCACAAUCGGCAACCUGUAUGUAAACACCAAUUCAUUUGCAAGUUUUGGAAAGUCAUUUCUCAUGCAUGAAA